AUGUCAAACCAAUUGUCAUCAAGCAUGGUGUUUCACUUGGAAAUGUUUGAAUAUGUUGAAACAAAACACAAAUCGCCUUUACAUAAGAAGGCAGUCAAAACAGUCACAUACAUCACAUUGAACAAGCAAGACGAUAAGAAACAAAAACGGUGGGCUUAUCAAAAUCUCAAGAACAAGAAACCAAAAAAUAAAACCCAACACAUGUUGAAAUACGUUCACAAUUUGCUUUCAUCUGAUUGUCACAGACUUCAGUGCCUCUCAUUUCAGAGUUUUGUGCACGCACUCGACCCCUCAACAAGCAGUUCAUCGUGCAUUGCUGCGUAUCUCCCUUUGGUACUGAAGUAA